CUUCCUUCCCUUCCCUUCCCUUCCCUUCCCAAACCUUACCAAGCAGACCCAUAUCAUUAAUAUUUCAGUAUCAGCCUUUCACAGGCAUCGACUACACUGCACUGCAUCUCAUCAAUAAGAGCUAGCACAGGCUGCGUAGUUCACCACUCUGCUUUCAUCCAGCAGAAGAAUAAGAGCAAAAGAUAGCAAGAGACAGAGAGGGAAAAAUUGAACAGCCAUUGAGAUUGCAGUGUCCUGAGGUGCCUUUUUACCACUAUUCCUCAGUCAAAUCCUGCAGGUAAUAUCAAAACAAUCAAGGAAGAAUGGAUGUCUUUAAGAAAGGCUUCUCCAUUGCAAAAGAAGGUGUGGUAGCUGCUGCAGAAAAGACGAAACAGGGAGUGACUGAAGCUGCAGAGAAGACUAAAGAGGGUGUGAUGUAUGUAGGCACCAAAACCAAGGAAGGAGUAGUACAGAGUGUGAGUUCAGUUGCUGAGAAGACCAAAGAGCAGGCCAAUGUUGUUGGUGAAGCUGUGGUGGCCAGUGUGAAUACAGUGGCAAACAAGACUGUAGAAGGAGCAGAGACCAUUGUAGCAACCACAGGAGUGGUAAAAAAGGUACUUUUUUCACUUGUGACCUGUGAAAGAAUAGAGGUUUGUUUUAGCAUUACCUUCCUCAAACAUUUAGAGAAGGUUUCUGAGGCUCUUACAUUUUGA